AAAAAAAAACAAUUUUAAAUCGAAAAUGUCCUCUGAUGACGAGAUUGAAAGCUUUCUGAAAAAGCAGCAGAAUAUUCCAAUUGUUUUUAUCACGAAUUCAGAGCGGAGGAACUCAAGUGCCGCUGGAAAAGAACACUGUCCGCUUUAUCGACAAUUUUUCGAUGGGAACUCGUGGAGCAGCGAGUGCAGAAUAUUUCCUGCGAGCCGGCUACGCGGUGAUCUUCAUGCACCGCGAGGAGUCCCUGAAGCCGUUCUCCAGGCAUUUUCCGAAUAUUUUCAAUUCGCUGAAGCUAGAUGGGGAGAAUGUUGUGUGUGAUCUGCCGAAUCUCGCGCAAAUUCUGCGGGACAAGUUCAAGUACGAGGAGAAAAUUCUGUACAUUCCGUUCAAGACCUUCGAUCAGUAUAUGUCACGUCUCGAGCAAAUUUGCAUUCAUCUAAAUCCUCUGGGAUCCCGUGCAAUGGCUUAUUUGGCCGCUGCGGUUUCAGAUUUUGUCGUCACCGAGCUGCCAACUCACAAAAUCGCCAGCAACACCGAGCUGAGCCUGGAGCUCAGCGUUGCUCCGAAAGUUAUUCAAAAAGUUGUCACCUGCUUCAUCCCGAAUGCGUUUAUCGUCUCGUUUAAACUAGAAACGGACGAAACAAAGCUGAUUCCAAAGGCAAAAGCUGCUCUCUCCAAGUACGGCCAUCAACUCGUCAUCGCGAAUAUGCUAUCAACUCGCAAGCAACGUGUAACUCUCGUCAGAAAGAAUAUUGAGCAAGGAGAGGAGAUUAAUCUUGCUCCGGGAGCCCCCGAGCUGGAGAUCGAAUCGUUUAUAAUCGAUCGUGUUAGCGCUUUACACAGACAAUUUAUUGAUGCACAAAUGUAGAUAUACAGUCAUGAUUUUCACGGAAAAUGAAUAAAUAUUUUAAUAUAG